AAACAGCUGAUCGAACGAUGACAAGGCCAAACACAAUUUGGGUGGUAUAGUAAAAGCAUCUUAUUUUUAAUUGUGCCGGUUGGAUUUCACUUUUUAAUUGAAGAUAACAAAUAUAAUAGCAAUGUAUUAUAAUAACUUUCUUAAAAUCGGCAACUUAACUGCAAGUAACAGCUUCAGUUCUAUCAAAUUUUUGCGGUAUACCAAAAUUCAACAACAACAACAGCAACUGCGCUGUUUCAGUCAGUUUAGUUUAAUACAAAAAUCAACAAGUCAAAAACCAACAUUUAAUAAAUCAAAUUUCGCAAAUAACAAACGAUUGUGUUUAGUUUUAUUGCCUCUCACUGGAGUUAGCUGCGCAGCUGCCUCACAACUUGCGAAAACUGAUAGUGCACCGUCAUCGUCUACCGGUAAUCAACGUCCAGCUGUCGAUGAUAUCGACAGCAGCAAUAUGUCCGGUCCAGAUCCAAAAGCCGCUCAAUCAAUUUAUGAAUUCACUGUCAAGGAUACGCAUGGCAAUGAUGUGUCAUUAGAUAAGUACAAAGGGAAUGUCGUGUUGGUCGUAAACAUUGCAUCGAAAUGUGGUUUAACCAAAAACAAUUACGCCAAGUUGACUGAAUUGUUGGAAAAAUACGAAUCGCGCGGUCUACGCAUUUUGAAUUUCCCAUGCAAUCAGUUCAACUCACAGAUGCCUGAAGCGGAUGGUGAAGCAAUGGUAUGCCAUUUGCGUGAUGCUAAGGCAAAUAUUGGCGACGUAUUCCAGAAGGUCGAUGUAAAUGGUUCUGGCGCAUCUCCCCUCUAUCAGUACUUGAAGCAUAAGCAAUCCGGUACCUUGGGCAGCGCCAUUAAAUGGAAUUUCACCAAGUUUCUUGUCAACAAGGAUGGCAUACCAGUCGACCGCUAUGCUCCCACUACAGACCCCAUGGAUAUUGCAAAGGAUAUUGAAAAGUUACUUUAAGCUUUGAUCGUUUGUACCGAUGUGAAUUAUGAUUCAAAAUCAUAUAAAAUUUACUAAUAUAUAAAAUACAAAAAAGAAAUAUAUUUAUAUAUACCUAUGUAUGUAUUUAGCUACAAUUAAUAUGUAACCAGUGCAGAUAUUUAUUUUUGGUUUAUGCUAUUUCUACUUUAUAAUUAUUGUCAAAGCAGUCAGCUUUAAAAGUUUGUCAUUCACUUUCAAUUUGUUGAAUUGCAAAUAAAACUAAUUGAAAUUUACUUGUAAACAAAAUAAUACAGAUUUAUUUUAUAUUCAAAACACAUUUUCCAAUAUAAACACAUUGUAAUGGAUGUAUUCGAGCUGUAUGAGUGUGUGUGCGAGUUAUGGUUUGGCUUGCGCCCUGGAGCAUAUUAUUCAAACGUUUGCCGCAUAUUAAACUCCACCACGAAUCGAUGCAUACAUAUAUAUAUAUAUGUAUGUAUGUAUGUACAUCGGUAUAUACAUACAUAAGUAUUCAAUAAAGUGACGAACAUUAACCUUUCA